AUGCUGCUACCUACUAUUGCCACUCUCUGUGGCAUCAUCCCUGGCACUAUUGCUGCACCCGGAAACGGCAUCAACAACUUGCCUCCCAGCCAAUCUGACCCUACGCUGCUUGACACUUCGUCUGACAGUCUCCAUGGGAUAGCAAAGACUGUCAACAACGGGCCUCCUACACAUAACGGUUCGCCUUUCAAGGGAUCAGACACUGGCCCUUGGCCUGGAUAUUCUUCCGUCCCUGUUUCUAGCGAGCUCAGUUUCUACAUGUGCUGCCUACAAGGCCCUGCUUCUACAGGCAUAGAGCUCUAUUAUCCCCCGUACGCCUGUAUAUUUGGACCGGCAACAGGAGCGUGCCCUCAGGGAGCCACCUCUUCAUUUCGAUAUGCGUGGCUUUGCACAUAUCAGACUGGUGAAAUUGGUAACAUUGACUGCACUUAUGAAUCUGGCCCGGCUUCAAGCUCUGUUAUUGCUGGAAUUGCUACGGUCCUCAACCCUGUGCUGAAUGCUGCUGGUAAUAUCCUAGGAGGUAUUGGUCUAUAA